AGCACUCAUUCAGUGUCUGAUCCUUCAGAAUCGUUAAGCUUUGUAUGCGCAGAGGUGCUAUAUAGUUGAGCAAACAAACUGACACACAAGAGGCCGAUAAGUAGCACGCCACAGAGAGUGACUGUGAAAUGGAGGUCAGGCGCCGGCGUGUCUCUCUUCUGCUCCUGGCGAUCUUCGGGUGGUGGUGUGCAUGCUUGGUGGGCUGCCGCGCGCAGCUCCCGGUUCCGGCGAGGACGGACGGGUUCGUGUACGGCGGGAAGCCGCCGGCGUGGGGAGAGACGGUGGUGGUAGAGGCGUUCUUCGACCCGGUCUGCCCCGACAGCCGCGACGCGUGGCCGGCGCUCAAAGAGGCCGUCGAGCACUACGGCUCCCGCGUGUCCGUCGUCGUGCACCUCUUCCCGCUCCCUUACCACAGCAAUGCUUUCGUUGCUUGCCGGUCAAUUCAUACAGUGAACAGGCUAAAUCCGUCGUUCGUGUACCCGCUGCUUGAGAAAUUCUUCAAAUACCAGGAAGGUUAUUAUAAUCAGCCAACCUACACCAAAUCAAGAGCUGCAGUAGUUGAUGAAAUAACCAAAAACCUUGUCGUGCCCAUCAUUGGCGAAACCAAUUUGUCCGCAUACAAAGCAGGCUUCAACAAUUCACAGUCUGAUCAAGCUGCAAGGAUAUCUUUCAAGAACGGUUGUGCACGAGGUGUGGCUGCGACACCCUACUUCUUUGUGAAUGGCAUACCAAUCAGCGAUUCUGGUUCACCUCUCGAGUACAAGUAUUGGAUAUCCAUCCUUGAUCCAUUGGUUGGCAAGAUGUAAAGAUGGAGUUUCUCCAUCUGGCUUGGUCAAAAAGUCCAAGCUGAACUAAAUAAAAGUGGAAUAAGUAAUGGGAUUUUUUUAGCUUGAUGUUCAGCAAGAUGUGCAUGGAAA